GAAAAAUUGGUUACAAGUUUAAAACCCGUGCAUUAGACUUUUCUUUAGAUGGAGAUUGACGGUUAAGUAGUGAUCACGGUUUCCUAUAGUUGCCACUUCAACAAACGAUUAGGUCACGAUUUGCAAACUCCAACCUGUAUAGAUAAUUGUGGCAGUAAUGCAAGUGAUAAAGGUACCUAUUAUUCCACUGCUGGCCGCGACAAGACGCUGCAGUUGUAGUGCAAAGAAUGAAAAUAAAUUAUAAUAGAGUUAAUGAAUUAAAAAGGAUCUAUAAAACUCGAUUUCAAGACGACCCAAUUAUGUUUUAUGCGUACCCCGACAUAGAAUUAUAGGAAAAUUCAGUGACCAUAUAUUUCAUUAAGGAUGUCGACGUGUCACGUAGCCACAACACCGAUUUUCGUCAUGGCACAGCAUGUUCUUUCCUUGGAUGGAACAGAGAAGAGGACAAAAUCUCCCAAUUAUUUUAUACUUUUAAUUUCUAUAAUUUGAAUAAAUAAAUUUAAAUUUAAAUUAAUUAUCUAUCUAUGUAACCCUUUAUUAGCAUUAAUACGCUCGGAUCUCGGAAUUCUUUUUGCAGCUGCCAGCUAGCAGGGUUUAUUGUAAGACGUCAUUCGUCGGUUGUACACUUUUCUUGAGAGUCUUACACAUCUUGCAGUUGUGCCGUUGUGCGACUCAUGACUCAUGACUGAUAUAGUGAAUAUGAUAAGUAUGCCUUAAACCUUUAUGAAUUAUGAUUGCGUUAUCCAUCUAUUUAUAGCUUAUAAUAUUAUAUAAUUUGACAUAAAUAAAUCAGCAUUGUUACUUAUCGGUCCAUCGGAAAAAACAUUUUCAUAUUAAACAAUAUUUAUUAAUAUUUUCAAUUUUGUAUUUGCGUAACAUGAUUUUCCGGAUUGAGCGAUUGCUCAAAUAGUCAAAUCAUUUCAGUAAUUUAAAUCGAAUAUUUGUUUGUGUUACAUGGUAUUUACAUCAAUUCCAAAUUCUACCUAACUUCAAAGUGGUCAAUUGAUGGACGACACGGUUUUCGAUUAUAUACUUAUAAAGAAGUAGUAAUCUACUAACUGUUCUGAUUGUAUUGCACGUCUGCGUCUCAAAAUAUUAUAUUGGCAUUAGCUCAAUCAUGAAUGAUUAUUCUAUUGAACCAGUAGUUGAUUCAGAAUUGUACGAAGUUGAAGAAAUUAGAUAUUUAUAUGAUCUUUUUGAUGUUAUAAGUGUUUAUAAAGUACAAAAUCCACUGCUUUGGGGCUUAUACACAUUAAGAAAAAAUGAAAUGGAAGUAAAUAAUAAAAAUAUAAUGGUAAACGAAUGGCUUUUAUAUCACGUUACAGCCACUAAAAAUGUUCAAUCAAUUGCUGAAAAUAAUUUAGACUGGCGUUUCACAAGUCGUUGUCGAUAUGGAAAAGGUGUAUGUUUUUCAUAUUGUCCUUUGUAUGCCAACAAAUAUGCAUCAUGUGCUCAAGGAUCACUUUCUGCAAUAGACUAUGAUGAAAAUGUAAUGCAAAUACUUAUUAAUAUGGGUUUUCCUAGAGAAGCAGUCAAACGAGCAUUAUUUUAUACUUAUAAUCAAGGUUUAGAAUGUGCAACCAAAUGGCUUAUGGACCAUAUUACUGACGAUAAUUUUGCUGAACCUUUUGUUCCAUCGAGGCAUGAUUUUAAUUGUGAAAUUUCAAUUGAGCGAGCAUUUAUAAUUUGUCGAGUUUUAGUUCAAAGAAUUAAAGAUGUCAGCGUCAAUUAUAAUUUAAAUGUUAUACCUAAUUUUUAUGAUACGGCUAAAUCAACAAAUGGUAUGGUUUAUGUAAAAUUUAAUGAUUAUGAAUUUUAUCCUCAAUACAUUGUGUAUUAUAGAGAACAUAAUUUAUCUCAAUAUGCUGAUCCAUAUUCAUGUAAUUUCAAUUAUAAAUAUGGUAUUGAUCAAUGA